UGUUCUUCUCAUUUGAUACUAACAGCAAAAGGACAACUUUAUGUCUAACUUAUUUGACUUCAUUAUUCGACUUUCAAUUACAUUAACUAUAUGAAACCCAUACAGAAAUUAGCCUGUGAACCGUAAGACACAGGCUUAAAUAAUUUGAUUGAAAUGUUACAGAUGAUACUGUUUUUCUCUUAAGGGCAGGACUCCAACACCGAAGGUGGAAAGCAACAAAAAGAACAAGACAAAGAAAACUAGGAGGAUUUUUCCUAUAAGACACACAUAGCUCUGUGAAACCAGUUGCUACUGAGAGAAAAUGCCAAACUUUUAUUUGUUCAACACAAUCAUUUUUGCUUCUUAAGAGGAAAGGGAAGAUGAAAGACCGACUUCAAGAAUUAAAGCAACGAACAAAGGAAAUCGAACUUUCUAGAGACAGGCAUGUGUCGACUACAGAAGCAGAAGAACAAGGGGUGUUUUUGCAGCAAGCUGUUAUUUAUGAAAAAGAGCCUGUAGCUGAGAGACACCUACAGGAGAUCCAAAAACUACAGGAGAGUAUUAACAAUGUGACAGAUGAUGUUCAAAAAUUUGGGCAACAACAGAGAAGUUUGGUGGCUUCAAUGAGAAGGUUUAGUCUACUUAAGAGAGAGUCUAACAUUACAAAGGAGAUAAAAAUCCAAGCAGAACACAUUAAUAGAGGUUUGGAUGAUUUAGUAAAAGAAGUCAGAAAGUCAGAGGCUGAAAAUGGUCCAUCAUCAGUGGUGACAAGGAUACUUAAAUCUCAGCAUGCUGCGAUGUUCCGCCAAUUUCAGCAAACUAUGUUUACCUACAAUGACACAAUAGCAGCAAAGCAAGAGAAGUGCAAGACAUUUAUUUUCCGUCAGCUUGAAGUUGCUGGGAAAGAAAUGCCUGAAGAAGAAGUAAAUGAUAUGCUUUAUCAAGGAAAAUGGGAAGUUUUUAAUGAAAGCUUACUUACAGAAAUCACUAUCACUAAAGCACAACUCUCAGAGAUAGAACAGAGACACAAGGAACUUGUUAAUUUGGAGAACCAAAUAAAGGAUUUAAGGGACCUUUUCAUUCAGAUAUCUCUUUUAGUAGAGGAACAAGGAGAAAGCAUCAACAAUAUUGAAAUGAUAGUGAACAGUACAAAAGAAUAUGUUAACACUACUAAGGAGAAAUUUGGACUAGCUGUAAAAUACAAAAAAAGAAAUCCUUGUAAAGUACUGUGUUGUUGGUGUUGUCCAUGCUGUAGCUCAAAAUAAAGAAGGUACUGGAGACGUUUUUUCCAGUUUUAGAAUGAAGAUGGCCCAUGUUUCAGCGUCUUUUUUCAUUUUAUAG